CUUACUGAAAGAUAUGGGGACAUCUUCAGCAUGCAUGUGGGCAGCACAUGGUUUGUGUUUGUAAAUGGGCUGCGGAUGGUAAAGGAAGUUCUUGUAAACCAAGGGGAAAACUUCAUGGAUCGCCCUGAAGUUCCUGGCAUUGAGGAGACCUUUGGCACCAAGGGACUGAUCUUCUCCAGUGGGCACCUGUGGAAGCAGCAGAGGAGGUUCACCUUGACCACCCUCCGAAACUUUGGCUUGGGGAAGAGGGGCCUGGAGGAGCGCAUCCAGGAGGAGUGCCGAUACCUCGUGGAUGAGUUUAGGAAUGAACAGGGGAAUCCUUUCAACCCACACUUUAAAAUCAGUAAUGCCAUUUCAAACAUCAUCUGCUCCAUCAUCUUUGGCAAUCGGUUUGACUACAAUGAUGAGGAAUUCCAAAAAUUGCUGCAGCUCCUGGAGAAGAUGGUCAGACUCCAUGCGAACGUCAUGACCCAGCUCUACGGCUCUUUCCCGACGAUAAUGAAGUUCAUCCCUGGACCCCACCAAACCCUUUUUCAAACCUGGAGGUCAUUGAGAAGCUUUGUGAAAGAGAAAAUUGACAAACACAAGGAGGACUGGAAUCCCUCGGAGAGCCGGGACUUCAUUGACAGCUACCUGCAGGAGAUAGCCAAGGACAAUGGCGGCAGCAUCUUCCAGAGGGAAACCCUGUGGCAUGUGCACACCGAGGAAAACCUUGUGGCAUGUGCACUCGACCUGAUGUUUGCUGGGACUGAUACCACGUCCACAACCAUCCGCUGGGCUCUGCUCUUUAUGGCCUUACAUCCAGACAUUCAAGCCCGCGUGCAAGCUGAGAUUGACGCAGUCAUCGGGCAGGGCCGGCAGCCAACCCUGCAGGACAGGGACAACAUGCCCUACACCAACGCCGUCGUCCACGAAGUGCAGAGGAAAGGCAAUAUCAUUGUUUUCAAUGUGCCGAGACUGACAAUGAAGGACACGGUCUUGGAUGGCUUCUACAUACCAAAGGGCACUGUUAUGAUGGCAAAUAUAAGUUCUGUGCUGAUGGACAAGACCGAGUGGGAAACACCUGACACUUUUAACCCUGGGCAUUUCCUGAAGGACGGUCAGUUCUGGAAAAGAGAGACCUUUGUGCCAUUUUCUUUAGGGAAGCGCGCCUGCCUGGGUGAGUUGCUGGCCCGCUCCGAGCUCUUCCUCUUCUUCACGUCCCUGCUCCAGAAAUUCACCUUCCAGCCACCCCUGGACACCAAGCUCAGCCUCAAGGUCAAGUGGGUGGUGUUAGGCAUCACGAUGUCCCCACAGCCCUAUAAA